CUAAUAAAAUUUAAAACGCCGGAUCCGAUCCGUUUGCCAGGUCGCCUUCGCAGCCCCACCUCUCUCUCUAUCUCGUUACUCAGACACGCUCACAGAGACGAGUGAGCUUUCAGGAGCACCAGAAAACCGUGGAGGAAGAUGUUCAAUCAAUUCGGAGCAACGGCGGAGUUCUCUAAGCAAGGCGUCGACAAUGGUGUUCCGGAUCGGCACCGACGCGCACCUCUACGACGAUCCCGACGACGUCAGCAUCGCUCCUCUCCUCGACAGCAGGUUCGACUCCGAGAAGUGCGAGGCUCUCAAGCGAUUGCUCGCUCUCAUCGCCCAGGGCUUCGAAGUCUCCAAUUUCUUCCCUCAGGUUGUGAAGAAUGUAGCGUCGCAGUCGUUGGAAGUGAAGAAGCUCGUUUACUUGUAUUUGUUGCAUUAUGCUCAAAAGCGUCCAAACGAAGCAUUGCUGUCGAUUAAUUAUUUCCAGAAGGAUUUAGGGGAUCCGAAUCCGUUAGUGAGGGCGUGGGCACUGAGAACAAUGGCAGGGAUUCGGCUACACGUUAUUGCACCUUUGGUUCUUGUUGCAGCAGGAAAAUGUGCUAGAGAUCCCUCUGUGUAUGUUAGAAAAUGCGCGGCCAAUGCACUUCGUAAGCUGCACGAUUUGCACCUUGAGGAGAAUACUGCGGGGAUUGAAGAGAUUAUUGGAAUAUUGUUGAAUGAUUCCCCUUGUGUUGUUGGAGCUGCUGCUGCUGCUUUCUCUUCUGUUUGUCCGAAUAAUUUGUCACUGAUUGGAAGGAACUAUAAAAGGUUAUGCGAGGUUCUUCCCGAUGUGGAAGAAUGGGGUAAAAUAGUCUUAAUUGGAAUCCUUUUGCGCUAUGUAGUUGCAAGGCAUGGGCUUGUAAAGGAUUCCAUUAUGUUUUCUUUGCAUGGAACUGAGAAUUCUCGAUCUGAAAAGUAUUGCUUGGAUAACAACUCUGCGUUGGAUGACAACGGUGACAUGAAUGAUCUUUAUGAGUCUGAAUUAACAAAUGCUGUAUCCCGUUGUUAUAUUGAAGGACCAGCUGAAUAUUUAUCGCGAUUAAGUUUCAUGAAUAAAGAUUCCUCUGAAUUUAGUUGUGCUCGUUUUACAUCUGGAAAAAAUAAUGAUGAUGUGAAGAUCCUGCUGCAAUGUACAUCGCCAUUGUUGUGGAGUAAUAACAGUGCAGUUGUACUAGCCGCUGCUGGCGUACAUUGGAUUAUGGCGCCGGUGGAGGAUUUGAAAAGAAUCGUUAAGCCACUCUUGUUCGUCCUAAGAUCAUCUAAUGCCUCAAAAUAUGUGGUUUUAUGUAACAUUCAAGUGUUGGCCAAAGCAAUUCCUUCACUCUUCUCUCCAUACUUUGAAGAUUUCUUUAUAUGCUCUUUGGAUUCAUAUCAAAUUAAAGCUUUGAAACUGGAUAUACUGGCUUACAUUGCUACAGAUUCAUCAAUUUCAUUUAUACUCAAAGAAUUUCAGGAUUAUAUUAGAGACCCAGACAGGAGAUUUGCUGCUGAUACUGUUGCUAGAAUUGGAAUAUGUGCGCAACGACUUCCAGAAAUGUCAAAUUCAUGCUUGGAGUUUCUAUUGGCUUUGACCAGACAGCAACUUACAACAGGUGAGUUUGGGUCUGUGGAUGCUGAAGCAGAUAUACUGAUUCAAGCAAUAAUGUCCAUAAAGUCAAUCAUUCAGCAAGAUCCACCCAGUCAUGAAAAGGUUAUUAUCCAAUUGGUUCGAAGUUUAACUUCAAUAAAGGUGCCUGAUGUGCGUGCUAUGGUUGUUUGGAUGGUGGGGGAGUAUAACUCUUUAGGUGAUCUCAUCCCAAGGAUGUUAGCUACAGUGCUCAAGUAUCUUGCAAGGUGCUUUGCUUCCGAAGAAGUGGAAACAAAGCUUCAGAUUUGUAAUACCGCUGUUAAGGUUUUAUCAGGGACAAAAGGGAAUGACCUGUUGACAAUCAAAAUGGUUUUAAUCUACGUGUUGGAGUUGGCCAAAUGCGAUUUAAACUAUGACAUUUGUGACCGAGCUCAUUUCUUAAAGAAACUUCUUUCAACUUAUCUAGAUUCUCAAGGCUUGGAGGAGGAAAACAACCGUCCGCCCCAAGAUAAAGAUAGUUCACGUCUCCUGGCAGAAAUCUUGUUUGGAAAACAAAGGAAACCAGUGUCCCAUGAGCCCAUUGAUCAACGGUUUUACCUUCCUGGCUCUUUAUCGCAGAUAGUACUUCAUGCUGCUCCUGGGUACGAACCUCUCCCAAAGCCUUGUAGUUUGCGCAGUGAUGGCCCCAAACUCAAUGAAUUUGGAGAGGCAGUCACUAAUGGUGACCAAUAUGUUACAGAUGAUGAGGACUCAGCUGGUUCUGCACGUGAAGAUGAUGGUAAUUCUCAUCAGUUGAUUCAGUUUUCAGAUAAAAGGACAAAUGGAGCUUCUCAGUCUGCUUCUGAUUUUGGGGAGUUGUUGUCAAAUAGAGCUUUAGAAUCAUGGUUAGAUGACCAACCUGGUUUUUCAAACCCAAAUACUUCAGAACAAAGUCAAGUCCGUACGUCUUCAGCAAGAAUCUCCAUCAGGGACAUCGGAGGUCAAGUUAGACAUAAAAGCUAUCCACUCUUAGACCCUGUGAAUGGAAACGGCUUAAAGGUUGACUAUUCGUUUUCAUCUGAGAUAUCAAGUAUCUCUCCUCUAUUUAUAUGUAUAGAAGUUUCCUUCAAGAACUGUUCAAAGGAGACCGUGUCUGAUGUGACUUUGGUUGACGAGGAGGCUGGCAAAGGCAAGGAUUCUGUAGACCAAGCUUCGUUUUCAGAUGAAAGCUCAACGAUACCUCAAAAUAAUGAGCCAAAUCUGGUUUCUAUAGAAGAAAUCACUUCUCUGGAACCUGGCCAGACUGUGACAAGAAGCAUCCAGGUCCGCUUCCAUCACCACCUCUUGCCUCUAAAACUGACCUUAUAUUGUAACGGCAAGAAGCAUCCUAUUAAAUUGCGGCCUGACAUUGGAUACAUUGUAAAAGCUCUUCCUAUGGAUGUUGAAGCCUUUACAAAUAAGGAGUCUCAACUGCGUGGAAUGUUUGAAUGCGUAAGAAGGUGCACCUUCACUGAUCACAUCAAGGAGUUCGACAAGGACAACUCAUUGGUAGAAGACAAAUUUCUCGUAAUCUGUCAAAGUCUUGCAUUGAAGAUGCUUAGCAAUGCAAAUCUUCAUCUUGUAUCCAUCGAUUUGCCAGUUGCAGCGAAGCUUGAUGAUGCAACAGGUUUGUGCUUACGAUUCAGCAGCAAGAUUUUGAGCACCUCUGUCCCCUGCUUGAUAACCGUUACUGUCAAAGGUAGAUGUACAGAACCAUUGGAAAUAUCAGUUAAAGUGAACUGUGAAGAAACUGUAUUUGGGUUGAAUCUUCUGAACAGGAUCGUAAAUUUCUCAGUCGAACCCUCUCAUGCCCAUAGGUAGCUAGUAAGGACAUCGGAAACCAGUAAUCAAGUUUUGGAGUUAAUAGAAAACCCGCCGUGUACUGCCAACUAUUCCGGCUAUCCGGAUGUUUAACGUAUUGUCUGUACAGCGGGCAAAAGCACUGUAAUUAUACUCAUUCUCAGAUUUGUCUCGAGUUCGUUUUCUUUCGCUCGGAAAGUGUUUUUCUGGAUAUUCAGUCUACUAUUUGUAAUUUAUAGGACAUAAAAGUUGGUGUAAUUCAAAUCCAUCUGAAUAACACACAGAAGUUAAGCGAUUUA